AAUCAGACGAUAUGAAUUCCGCGGAUAAGAUUGUUAAACAAUUAUUAAAUUUGAUUAGUGCGGAAUAUGUGAGAGAUUUACUUAUACCUGUCUUAUUGGAAAAAGGAUUCUUAGUGCCGAAAGAGAAAAAAGUUUCGAUGACCGACCAAAUAUUAUCAAAGGAUUUGUUAGAUUUAUGGUUUUCUAUAUUGCGCAAAUUCGAUAGUGAAUGGGCUAAUUUUAGUAGUGAACUAGUGCAGGGCAUGUUAGAAAAAUUGGUAAUGGACGAAGCAAACAUUAACCGUGACGCCAAUCUGAUUCAAUUAACAAAUUGUUCACCUGCUAUAGAAUUGAUACAGACACCUAAAUUAACUCACUCAAGUUCCAGUUAUCAUUUAACUCUUGUGGCAUGGAUAAGUUAUAUUUUAAAGAUUAGAUAUACGGGCGAUUUUAUUGCUUUUACUGAUUUAGAUCUGGAAAGUAUUCUUGAAUUUUGUUUAAGGAAACCGAAUCCUUAUACGAAAAUGGUAUUACAAGUCAUGAUUGAUUAUGACGAUGAGUUGAAGACAAUUAUUACACCGUUCAUGAAUUACAUUGUUAAAACGCUAAGUUUUGAAGAUAACUUUAAUUAUAAUAAAAAUAUUUCAAGAAUCACAGAUGAUGACAUGAAUAGGGACAUACUAGAGUUUCAGAAAAAGUUAAGUAAUAUAAUCGGUUGGAGAGAGUUAGUAGAAGAAAGUAAUUUUAAUACGAAUUCAAAUAUAGAAUCAGCAUGGAAAAUCUAUGAUCCUGAAAAAUGGAAAGCGUGUCCAAUAGGAUGUUUACCUAAUGGACAAAUUCCUUGUUUAGAUCUUUCACCUGAUUUAGACGGACCAAGCAGUAUCUUUUCUGAACCAAGAAAAGAAAUAAAUUCUAUGCAGAUUGAUAAAUAG